AUGCAGUCUGAUGAUUUAGCUGAGCUGGAGUGGCUAUCAAACUUGGUGGAAGAAUCAUUCUCAACCGAGGAUUUGCAGAAGCUGCAUCUCAUAACCGGAACGAAAGCUCCGACCCAAGAAGCAUCCAAAACCGAGAAAUCUCGACCCGGAACUCGCCGACAUGCCCCGAUAUUUCAUCCCGAUAUGCCAGUUCCCGGUAAAGCACGCAGCAAACGCUCGCGCGCUGCCCCAUGCAACUGGACGUCCCACCUCUUAGUCCUCUCUCCAACCCGAACCAUGUCCACAGAGUCCGACACUGGCAAGAAGGCAGUGAAAGCUACACCGAAAAAGAAAGAAGAAACAGAUAAUGCCACCGCCUCCAUGGAUGGCGGCGACGGGCGGAGGUGUCUGCAUUGCGCCACCGAUAAGACCCCACAGUGGCGUACCGGGCCAAUGGGCCCGAAAACGCUUUGUAAUGCAUGUGGAGUCCGGUACAAGUCGGGUCGGCUGGUGCCCGAGUACCGGCCCGCUGCGAGCCCAACAUUUGUGCUGACCGAACACUCGAAUUCGCACCGGAAGGUGAUGGAGCUCCGGAGGCAAAAGGAGCUCCAAAAGGCCAAUCAAGGAAACCAACAGUUUCUUCAUCAUCAGAACAUGAAUUUUGGUUUAUCACCCGGUGAUGAUUACUUGAUCCAUCAGCAUAUGGGGCCCGAUUUCCGGCAGCUGAUCUCGUGCAUGCAAGAGUAGGGUAUUCGGGUGGAUAUUCAGGUUUAGAGAGUUUCCGUUAAUUUUUAAUUUCAUUGAUUUUUGUAGUUCCUGAAUUUGUUUUGUCAAAAUUUGGCUAAUUAUAAAACUUUUUAUUUUUUAUUUUUAGCUGAAACAUUUUUCUUUCUUGUUCUAUUUAUGGUUGGACUUGCAUGAUUAUUGACUUUGGAAACUUUUUUUAUUUUUCUUUUUUCCAAUAAAUUAAAUUUGUUUGACAUAUAUUGGAUCUGAUAAAUAACUCCUACUGUACACUUCAAGACUCAAACCUUUUAUCUUUUAUUUUGGAAAAAGAGGAGAUAUAGACUUUUUUUUAGGGUUAAAAUCUUAAAACUGCCUGUUGUUUACAAAAAUUAUCAACUAACUUUCUCA